AUGGAAACUAAAAUUAUUUAUUUCACAGUAAACGGAAGACCAGAGCAGGCUGAGUUCCCUAUUGAUUGUCCUCCACAAGAUGUCAAAGACUUGUUCCAAUCGGCAGCUGAAGCUGGUCCACAUGAUAUCUUAAAACUCUACAAUACCAAGGGCAACAUCAUUAAUAUCUCCCCUCAGCUGACUCCCAACAGCCCUCACACAUGCUACAAGCUGGAGGUGGUUGCUGCUGAUUGCAACAGUGAGCCAUUAGGUACAGAGCUGGCAGUGUCACUGGGCUUUGAUCUUUCCUCCAUGGAGAAACGGUUGCAAAGUCUAGAGAAGAAGAUUCUUGUAGAAUCUGGCAAGACCCCUGAUGUUGUUUAUGAGAUGAAGCAACAGGUGGAGUCAUUCAGGGAAAAACUUGAGAGUGUGGAGCACCUGAGCUGGCUGGGUCUGUUCAAGGAAAUGUCUGAGGGCACUCACAAACCAUCUCCGUUCUACCACAAGAGAACUUUGCGCAAGACUCGUGAAGAGUGCGAACAUGUCAAGGAAAAGUUCUUCCAGAUGAGCUCCCUGGAGGUCUCUGAGGAGGUGAGGCAAUACCUUAAAACACCAACCUUUGAUAACUGGCAGUGGGAAGAUGCUGAGAUUAUGGUGUUGCUCCAAGUGAUGUACACAGACCUGGAUUUUAUCUCCACCUUUAACAUAGAGCUGGAUGUGCUGCAGCAUUUCCUCUAUGAAGUCUAUAAACGAUACAACAACAUCCCUUUCCACAACUUCAAACACUGCUUCUGUGUCACUCAAAUGAUGUAUGGCCUGAUUUGGCUAACAGAUCUGAGGGCUAAGAUAGAUAGCAUCGAUCUUUUAAUCAUGCUGACCUCAGCUGUAUGUCAUGAUCUAGACCACACUGGUUAUAACAAUGCUUACCAGAUUAAUGCUCGCACUGAACUCGCCUUGCGGUACAAUGACAUCUCUCCUUUGGAAAAUCAUCACUGUGCUGUAGCAUUUGAGAUACUGGAAAAGACUGAAAGCAACAUUUUCCGGAACCUGUCAACAGAUCAAUACAAGAGGAUAAGGGAGGGAAUAAUUAAGUGUAUCCUGGCUACAGACAUGAGCAGGCACACUGAGAUCCUAAACAAAUUUAAAGCCAUUCUGCCUGUGUUUGAAUUCAGUAACAAGGAUCACAGAGAUGUGCUGAUGAUGAUUAUGAUUAAAGUGAGUGACAUCUCUAAUGAAGCGAGGCCCAUGGAUGUGGCUGAGCCAUGGCUGGACUGCUUAUUGCAGGAGUUUUUUAAUCAGAGUGAUAUGGAGAAGCUAGAGGGACUUCCUGUAACACCAUUUAUGGACCGGGACAAGGUGACUAAGCCCUCCUCUCAGACUGGUUUUAUUCGCUUUGUUCUCUUCCCGCUGUUCAUCGAGUUAGCUAAUCUCUUCCCCUGUCUCGAGCAACAUAUCAUUGACCCAGUGAGAAAAGCCCUGGAUUACUACACAGAGAUGGAGAAAGCAUUAGAAAGAGAGAAGCAUAAUCGAAGUCAGAGUGAAAAAACAACUAAACCCAAAGAGAAUACGAAUGACUCUGAGCUUCCACUUGAGCCUGAAUCAACAUUGAACCCAAGCUCGGUGUAAUGACAACAUGCUUGCUGUGUGUAAUGGUGGGAGAAAACACUAUAGCUUUGCUGAAUAAUUGGCUUCUUUUCUAAACAUUACUUAAAAGAUAUAAAAGAGGUUUAAUAGCAUUUGCCUCAGACCCUGUUAGACAGCUGUGAUGUGUUGCUAUUCAGUCUGAGGAAAGGACUAUUUUAAAAGCUGUUUGCAAUGCGAGGGGUUUUACAUGUAUUUCCUUUAAAUUUCAAAAUGGCCCUUAUUGAAUUUUGGUACUACAAAAAAUUUUUUAUUGAAGUGACUGCUUUUGUUUAUCUAUUCAGAAAGUAAGUCCAUUCAGAAAGUUAAUAUAUAAAAUGUGCUGUUAAUAUAUUUAACCAGAUCAACCUGUGUCAGGUCAUAGUAUUCAGAAAGAAAGCCCAAGUGUCAUUACUUUACAAGAUAAUAUAAUGUGAUAAAUGAUCAUAGAUGUAUAAUGUACUACUCAUGUUUUAUGUCUUGUAAGAAAAUGUGCUGAACAUGUACAUACAGAAAGGCAGCGAUAACAUCACUGUUGCGUCUGUUAAUAAUUAAUAACAUGCUUAACUUAUGGCUCUCAGGUCAGUGAUCAUGUGUCUAAUCUGUAUUAUUGCAUAAUGGGUGUGGACUAAACAUCUCAUUGCUGCCUGCAUGAGGACAAAUGAAUAAAUGGACAGAGAUUAACAAAAA